AUGGGUCGCGGUGGCUACGACACUACAGACCCGGGUGAGAAGAGGUCUAUCAUGGGUGAUGCGGCCCUCUAUUGGAACACCCAGCAUCGGAAGAAGAGAGAAGAAGCUGCCACCAUGAUCGCCGCCGAAGACGUCGAACAAAGGCUCAUCAAAAACAAGAAGAGCCGUGGAAUCAUGGCCGCUAAGAAGGCAGCGAAGAAGGUUGCAGUAAAGUCUGAACCAGCAGACCGCUAG